UGGAGUGUAGUACUAUGAGUAUAGUGCAUCUACCGUUCCCCAUAGGGUGAUUGCCCUGUUGGCCAGGGUGGUAUUGUUUAAUUUCCAGCUACUUUCGAAAAGCUACAAAAUGUCGCCCAGCCCGCCCUCGACAUAGCAAUCUUCUUUCCAUCACUACCACAGCUUCGUUUGCAUUUGCUACCGCUCUUUACACAUCUAAUUGCAAAUCCUACACAAUGGUUGCCUAUCGCUUCAUCUUCACCGGCUUUGCUGCUGUCGCCACUGUCGUGGCCUCUCCGUCCGCGGAAGACCACUUCUUUUCUAACCUUCUGAAGCGCCAGGAACCUGGCACUCCAGCCUACAACUGCCACGAUAAUUGCGGUCUUGCUAUCACGCUCUCUCGACAGGACGGCAGCUGUGAGAACAAUCGCUUCCUAAGUGCCUACGGCAACUGCAUUCAAUGCUCUGGUCCAGACAACUACAACAUCUGGCGCUACUAUGGAGGAACAUUGACUACGGCGGGUGGAAAAUGCAACCUUCCAACGGAGCCACUCAAGGGACCUCAGCCAGAUGUCCCACCGGCAGGCAGCAGUGGCCCACCCGGGGGUUCCUCCUCGUCUGCUGCUCCCAGCAACCCUCAACCCACCUCCCAGCCCCCAGCGGAGAACCCUAGGUCCUCAUCCGCACAGGCACCUGAACCUGCACCGACUUCUGGUUCCGCAGUCCAGUCUUCUGCUGGAGCAACUGUGGCUCCCACCUCGGGUGCACCACAGAGCACUGGAGCCGUGCCUCAGAGCUCCGGGUCGGCGCCAUCUGCAUCCGCAUCAGGAAGCUACCCAUCAGGCACUGGUUCUCCCACUGAGUCGCCGGUUGAGUAUCCCAUUUCCUCCGCCCACUCUUCAAGCCCACCCUAUGCCACCACACCUGCCAUCACUAUUACUGGCACUGGUGUCCCUCACCCAACCAGCAAUGGGACGGCCACCUACACUGUCUCUUCCCCCCCGGAGCAGUCUGUUAACGCAGCUGCUGGAUUGGAGGUGUCUGGCAUGUUCGGUGCCGUUAUCCUGGGCAUGAUGUAUGGCCUCGGAAACUAA